AUGGCGGCAGCUGCAUAUUCAGGAUCCAACUCUCUUAAAGAAUAUCUGAAAAGAUAUGGAAUAAAUGAUGAAGAAGAUAAAAAGAAAAAGAAGAAGAAGGUCCACAGUAAACCAGAUGCAACGGGUCUUUUAGUUGUGGACGAAGAUCCAGUUUGGCAGAAAACAGUCAAUCUCGAAGAGGAAAACAGCAGCGAUUCAGCUGAUGAAGAGAAGCCACAAGUUGAUGAAGACAUUGAGGUUAAGCGGAUGAGGUGGCUUGAACAAUUGAGGGCCAGACGUGCAUAUAAUGCCAUAUCAGAGGAUGGAAGUGGAUGGCUUUCACUCUCUCCUAAAUGCUUGAAUUCUAAUGACCCAAAUUUUGAUAUGUCUCCACCUCGUAAACAGAGGAUUCGAAAUGACACACCUUCACCAGAACCUGAACAGAAGCCUUCAUAUUCUGCCAGAGAUAACAUCGAUUUGUCACCUUCACAACCGAACCUGAACGAUGAUAUGUCUCCACCUCGUCAAUGGAGGAGGGUGCCACGUUCCACCAGCCUGAAUUCUGAUAUGUCUCCACCUCGUCGACGUCAUGUAUUGGCAGACAAUGAUAGGAGGAACCCUGACAUUUCUCCUCCUCGACGGGGUCGUCAUGGUUUUCCAUAUCAAGAUGACUUCCAUGCUCCCUUGGGAUCAGACCUUUCACCCCCAAGGAAAAGCAGGAAGGGUCUUGGAAGACCUGGGUCACCUGACCUUUCCCCUCCACGUAGACACUCAACUGAAACCAAUGCUUUACAUGCAUCUUUGCUUCCUGACCUUUCUCCACCAAGGAAAAGUCGAAAGGAAGCUGCUGAGAUUAAGUUGGAAUGGGGCAAAGGCUUGGCUCAAAAGCGGGAAGCUGAAGCUAGGCUGCAGGAAUUGGAAUCUGAGAAGGACAAACCAUUUGCGCGGACCAGAGAUGAUCCUGAACUUGACAAAAUGCUGAGGGAGAGAAUAAGAGAUGGUGAUCCGAUGGCACAUUUGGUGAAGAAAAAGCGUCCUGAACUAGUUCUCCCAAACCUAGGGGAUAAUGAGAAAAUGAAGGAAUCAGGGUUUGUUGUUCCUCAGGACAUUCCUGAUCACAGCUGGUUAAAACGAAGAUUAGAUACUGCUCCAAAUUGA